UCUUGGGUGGGGGGAUUCACACAUGACAUUUGAAUGGAGUUAGUAAUAUAUGUGCUGCUAACAAUUCCUAUCGAUCCAGCUGGUGAGUAAAUGACAACAGUCCAACUCGUUUACAAUAUACACAGUAGUUAGUAGUCGUAGGCUGGAAUAAGGUGAAUAUUACAUAGCAAGUCUGGUCCUGGAGGUGACAUAAGACACGGGAUUACGGUCAAAAGUAUGGAUGCCUGCACACGUUGCGUUAAUUAUGAAUUCAAGGCAGAUAAUGCUGGAUUAGAUCACGAAAGACCCGAAAAUUUUGUGACGUCACAGUGGCCAGGACAUCCCAAAUUUUAUCCAUUCUAUAGAGUAAUUAUAGCUUUAGUGUUGACUGGAUGGUGUAUUGCUGAUGUAGCGUAUGAAACAGGACAGUUUUAUCAUGGUCAAACCUGGAAAUGGUUUAUAUAUGCCACAAACUGGAGUUUUAUACUGCUGGUUCUUUCUGGGCUAUUUCAAGCUACCACCGCCUGUAUUUACAGUUUUAGAAGUCAUUGGAUUAUAGAUUACCAGUAUCCUAGAACAACGCCUUUAAUACUCAAAUUACAGUGGCUACUAGUAAAUAUAAGUUGUAAUUCUGCUGUAGUAGUAACAAUGUCAUAUUGGUUCUUUAUAGCUUUGUUUGACCAUUCCGCCAUUUUAACUACAUCUAUGAGUAAAGUGAAACAUACGAUGAAUACAGUAUAUGUUAUAAUAGACCUAUUACUUAGUGGCGUUCCAAUUAGAGUAUUACAUAUGUUCUUAACUGUUAUGCUCGGCUCUAUUUAUGCUCUAUUUAACGCGCUGUACUUUCUAAAUGACGGAACAAUCACAACCGGUGAAAACGGACUAGCUGUGCGUCAUUAUGCUUACAACUUUAUGGAUUGGAAUAAGCCGGUAGAAGCUGUUAUAACUUGUGUUUUGUGUGUCUUUCAAUCUCUCAUAUCUCAAGUGAUCAUUUUUAUUAUUUAUAAAAUAAGAAUUGUUAUAUAUGAGAGGAUGUAUUUUGGUGGGACAGGCACCGAACUAGAAGCUGAACUUCAAAAUAUCGUCACCGAAUCGAACUCUUACAGCACAAUGGACGAUAAAGAUUUUACGGAUAUGACGUCACCAACUCAUGUAGGUGUAAAGUGAUUUAGUUGAUACUAUAUAGUUAUAUUCAAGUUUAUCUUAUUCUGUGAACAUAAUGAAUGUUUGGGAAAACUUCUUUUAUGAAUACCAAUUAUAUAGUGGAUUCCCAAACCGAGAUAGAGACGUUCUGGUUCCCUGAACUUUGUAAAGUACAUGGCGAUAUUUGGCUAUAAUGGCCCCAUAAAAAAAUGUCUGUGUCUUUCGUUUUAAUGUUUUUUUUUAAAUCUGUGUUGAAUACAAUCUGAAUAAACACCUGUACCUGAACCCGUGUACUUAAGAUAUGAUCUAACGGAGCAUUUCUCAGUCAGAUGAUAGGAUAUUCAAUAAGUUUUAAAUUUUUCAGAAAAAAUUCAAUGUUUUAAUAGUCUUAGAUUUAAAUUUAAACCCCAAAAAUGUUAUGUUGUGAACUCUUUUGGUCAACUGUUAAAGAUACAGAUUUGCGUUUUCUGUAUCAUUCUCCUAUAGCUGACUUUUCAUCUUUUAGAUCUGGCACUGUUCCUCUUCAAUCUGCGUUCAAUAUUGAUCUAUUCUAGCCAACCACAAUCAGUCAUUCAAAUUGAAAAUGGAUGAGUUUAAGUAGUUAGAAUUUUGCUUGAAUGUUCGUAACUGGGCAAUUGUAAAAACAGAGGAUUAGACUUUUUAAAAUCAGAGUAGGUUCUGACUCGGAACACCCAAGAUCUUGAAUGACAUUCCACUACAUGUCUGUAGAGUAUAUGAAAUGAGAAGGUGCUUUGAUAUAUUUAAUGUGUUGUGAUGCUAUGGUUACUUUUAUCAUUGUUAUCUUCUUCUUCUUAAUAUAUUACUUAUUUCAUUGUUCAAAAUAUUCAGAUAUUUAUGAAAUAAAACGUUUAUUUAUUG